AUGGCUAAGCCGGCUAAGCCUGCGACCUCCUCGGGCAAGUUUGCUGCAAAAGCAGUGAAGAGGGAGCCCAAGGCCGCUGCCAAGGGGACGGCCAAGGCGCCCACACCCAAGUCGCAAGCAGUGAAGACCGAGCCAACAGAAGCAGUGGGCAAGAUCGGCAUGGAGAGAGGCCAGCUGUCGGGACUGCUGGCCUCGCUGUCCUACCAGUGCAAGGCCAAGAAAGCCACCCCCGAGCACAGAGCAGCAGCAGCGAAGAUCCUCAGCGACUACAAGGCAGCAGACGUGAGUGGCAAGAGCAAGAUCUUGGAGAAGCUUGUGCAGAGUGGCAUGCACUGCUUGGACUGGGCCAACGAGCUGACGAAGAACACGGAGGUUCAACACGAGGAAGCGAAUGAGUUUGUGAAAGGCUUCAUGACCCGGUCCAAAAUCCUGGAGCUCAAUGGCCUGAACGAAAGCAACCUUUCAGAGCAGGUGGCAGCCGACACCUUGCAGGACCUCCUGAGAGAGUCCGAGGAAAGGUUCAAGCACACCAGGCAAGAGCAGCCGCACAAGAACAAACUCCUGCAUCGCUACUUCUACAAGAUGCAGAAGGAGAGCACAGAGAGAGACUCUGCCACCGACACGACUCGGCACAGUCAGACGGGAACCAUGGAUGGUGAAUUGGGCUCGUUGAUGGAUGCCUUCGGCAGUGGUGCCACUUCCAGCAUUGAGGUGGACAUGAAGGGUGCCUUCAACAAGAACGUCCUGCUGCUUAAGCAGUACAAGCCGAAGCUCAACAAGCUGCACCAGGAAGGCCUCGAUAUCUCCAGUAUUCUGCUCAGUCUGUCCCCGGAGAUGUACUCCCAGAUCUGCCAGGACAUCGACAAGAAGAUGCAGACCCUGGAGGAAUUCAGCACAAAGCUGAGACAAAGCACGGCUACCAUGAACCGUGUGGAUCCGGCGGACAGCAGUGUGGACCUCGAGAAGCUGGUGAAGACCACAGGUGACUUGAUCACCGAGUGCGAACAGCACCAGAACGUGGUCGCAGGCUUUCUGAAGCAGUGGAAAUUGGGAAUGGUCGUCCAACAACCAGCAAGAGGCUCAAGCACCGUAGGCAGUCAAGAGCCUAGCACCUACUUUGAAGCAAUGAAUGAAGCCGGAGCGCAACCACAUGAAAAAGCCACGCGAGUGCAAAUGAUUUCCUCAUCAGUUUCAGUGGAAUAUCACCCGGACGAUCAAAUCUUCUUGGUACAUCGUCUCCCUGAUGGUUCAGAGAAACGGGAACUCACCACGUCCAUGAUUGUUGAUGCGAUGUUCGAGGUUAAGAAACGCGCUGCAGUGUCCAACUUAUCUGACAUUAGUCAAAUUACAGGCACAGCGCCCGCAGGACCCAUCAAAGAGGAGGAGGUUGAUUAUUCCAGUCUGGAAUGGGGUGACAUGGAUCCAAACUAUCGGCGGGAACUCGAGAAACGUCCUGAAGUUAAGGCAGCUCUUCAACGAUUCAAGCGGCAAUCAAAGGCUGCACGGCUCACGCCGUCAGGAGAGUUUAUGGAGUUUCAUACAGCCGAAAUUCCCGCGCCCGACAACCCGCCUACUCUGGCUGAGGAUUUCAAGCAGAGGGAAAUGACCGGGGACACAUUGGACUCUGCAAUCAAAUUUUAUCAUGAGCGUCAUGUGCAGCCCAGUUUCAACAUGUUAGCGGAUGCCGUGACGGCUAUGUCCAAUCGGAAGGCGCCAUGCGUGCUACAAGCUUUGAAUUUACACCAGAUGCAGUUGAGUAACCUUGAGGGCGAAAUCUGCCAACGCACGGUUCUCUUGCAUAACAUCCCUCCGUUCGCGAAUUAUUCUUCCAUACAGGGAAACCUGCAGUUCCUGCGCGGGGUGGCUGGUCUGGAUUUUCACCAUGCAGUCCAAUCUUGCUCAACCCACAUUCUCUCCCCGAAUGCCGCGAUCCUGAGGGUUGUCUUUUUGCAAAUGCAGGGAAGCCGCGAGUUUGUCAUUGCUUUUCGGAAAGGCGCAAGGUACUGGCGAGACUACCAGGACCGGGGCAAUGAUCGAAAGAUACGAGUUGAGAAAGAUGUUCCUUUCUCAACUCGUUUGGAGAGGCAGCCGUAUUAUGCCUUGCUGGACAUGCUUUCGGACAUUUCUCCACCUCCUUAUGGCUCCACCUCCUUCCGUACAGAUUUGUCCUCCCUGCAGAUAAAAACCCCGGAGGAGUGUGACGAGGAUAUGGUCUUGGCGCAGGUUGUUUACCUUCCUUUCCGAGGGGAGUUUCGAUGCAUUCUGCUUGUCCAGCCCGAUCUUGUGACCUCGCUACAGUCAUCCUUUGGACGUCAUUUCAAUGAGCGCAUGAUGAGUACACUCAUACUCCUGCAGGCAAUUACUCACGCCAGCACACACACAACCACACUGGCUCGAUUCCAUCACACAUCAUCAUUCGACUACUCCAAUGUCGGCCCAGAGGAGGCCUUCCACAUGUUCCCGUAUUCUAUCGAGCACAAUGUUCUGGACCCCGCGCUGGCAGAUAAGUUGAGGACAGACCCCGGAUUUAUUCACAAGGGGUAUGGAGGGCUGGGUCAGGUCGUCAAUUCCGCGCAGUUUGCUCGCGGCACCAACCCUGCAGACUACGGGCCGGGUGUGGGAUCUCAUGGUGGAGACAAGCGCAAGGGUUACGCGAAGGGUAAAGGGAAGAGCGGCAAAGGAAGAGGCAGCUCCACUUUUCAUGAUCCGCAGAUGCGAGACAGGGAUGUGGACAUGGAAUUCCAGGGCUCUCGAGAUAACCGCAGACGAGCCAGCAAUCAUCGGGAGGAGUAUGAUGAGGACUUUGGCUCAGACGAGCGGUUUUACCGACAUCAAGAUCGGAGAGGUUUCCGAGAUGUUCGUGAUGCUCGCAGAGAUGUUCGUGAUGAUCGCCGCGACGUUCGGGAUCGCAGCCCCUCCCAGCACAGGCAGCCCAGACGUUAUCAAUACCAGCGUGAUUGGUGA